AUGAUCUCAUCUACAUUCGCCCCUAGCUUGUCCCGACGAGACACUGGCAAAUCAAGCAUAGGGCAUGACAGCGGCAUAGGAACUGCUCCUGCACCGUUGACAAGUGGAGGUGGAUCAUUCGGGCCGCAGAGUGCUACUGCAAUUUAUCAACAUAUCCAUGAUAUGGCUACAAAACGAAUAUCUACUCUGGACUAUCUAAGGAAAGCCCAUGAAGGCCGCAUUUAUUGGUUCAACACUGUGCACUUCUCCCGCGCCGAUAUUAGUCGAAUUCCUUACUUUGAAGCUCGUAAACUUUCACGUCGCGCCAUUAACUAUCUCCUGCUCGGUUUAUCACUUCCACCAUUGCUGGACGUCAGUUCAAGUCCUGCGGAAUAUCUCCGAGCUUUGAACGCUCUUUUGGUUGAGUUUGAAGCAUUCCAACAAGUCCACCCACCAGAUGGAAGCUCAUCAUCAACCUUAGCCAGGGCAAGGAUUCCACAGAUGUUCAAAAGGGCUGCGCAUGCUGGGAAUAAAACCAGAAGAGCCAGUUCAGCUACCGAAAUCGGUCUGCCUAUGCAAUCCAGCGACCCUUCUGACUUGAAAGGCAUGACGGGAAGUAUUUCCUCAUCUGCCACGGCAGCAGCUGCUGUCAUUUCAUUUCCUCACACAGAAGCCUCGGAACUUCUUCCCGGCGAGGAAUAUUCUUAUCUCUUGACGCCAUCAUUGCCUUUUGAGCCGGACUACUUCGAGACGUUCGUAACAUUAUGCGACGUGUUAAUAGACUGUUACACCCGGCUUGCCUCCUUGAUAUCAGCUCCCUCGGUAUGCACAGUUAGUUUGGGUGAGAUGUUUUCCAAGGCGGAUGCCAAAAUUCGAAAGAUUACGGUUGCGGGUAUUGUACGAGAAUUUGAAGAUGCAAGUCGAAAUAAUGCCAAAAAUGAAGUCUUUGGGGUUAGCCGCGUUGUCCUUGGUGGUCUUCUAGGUUAA